GGACAUCGGCGUCUAACCGCGGCCGGACAGAGACCUUCCUCACCGAAGUUGCAAGCCCAAGAAAGUCAAAUGUUUGUACGAAUCGAAAUGAAUGAUGUUUGCAGCACACAGUAAUCGAAGAGAGAUAAAGAGAGAGAGAGAGAGAGAGAGAGAGAGAGAGAGAGAGAGAAGGAGAAGGAGGAGAAAGGAAGACAUGGGGAAGUGAGGAAACGAGAAAAACCGAACCUUUAUCAAUCGUCGCUCGCCAGACACGUUCACAACAGCGAACGAACGAACGAACGAACGAACGUUCACGGGCUCAACGGACAAAGGGACGAUGACCCUCUCUUCUUGAUUCCCGUUUCCGGGACAAGGUUAUGAAAACUCAGCAAUAGCCUCAGUGAAAUAGAACAUUGUGAAAUUCAAUUCUUAAAGCAAGAUAAUUCUAUUUCGAUAGGACAAUGGCUCCUGCUGGAGGCACUUGCAAAGAAGUUCAUGAACCUUACACUGCUGUCGCUGAUUACAGUGUAGUAAUCAGCAAACAGGAGACCAAUUCUACACCAGCAAAAUCUUCCAUUGUCUCACUUGGACAACGUGGAAUUCGUUCGAAUGCUGGCGUAGAUGCUCUGCUUGAGUGCCCUGUCUGCACAAACUUAAUGUAUUCUCCAAUUUACCAGUGCCUAAACGGCCACACUUUAUGCUCAACCUGCAAGAUUAGAGUCCGCAAUGUUUGCCCGAUUUGUCGGAGUGAACUUGGAGAUAUAAGGUGUCUGGCAUUGGAGAAAGUUGCCGAGUCACUGGAACUCCCUUGCCGAUACAAGAAUUUAGGUUGUCACGAAAUCUUCCAAUACUUCAGCAAGCCUGGCCACGAGCAGCAGUGUCAGUUCCGUCCAUAUAAUUGUCCUUAUGCUGGAUCUGAGUGCUCCAUCACGGGCGACAUUCCAACCCUUGUUGCUCAUCUUGGAGAAGACCAUAAAGUGGACAUGCAUAAUGGCUGCAGUUUCCAGCAUCGAUAUGUCAAGUCCAACCCACAAGAAGUUGAGAAUGCCACGUGGAUGUUAACAGUAUUUAAUUGUUUCGGGAGGCAGUUCUGUUUACACUUUGAGGCAUUCCAAUUAGGCAUGGCUCCAGUUUACAUGGCCUUCCUUCGUUUUAUGGGCGAAGAAACUGAGGCAAGGAAAUUUAGCUACAGUUUAGAAGUCGGCGGGAAUGGCCGUAAGCUGACAUGGGUAGGGAAACCAAGAAGCAUCCGAGACGGGCACCGGAAGGUUCGCGACAGUCACGACGGUCUCAUGAUUCCAAGAAGUCUGGCUCUUUAUUUCUCCGGCGGUGACCGGCAAGAGCUUAAGUUGAGGGUCGCUGGCCGCAUAUGGAAGGAAGAAUGAGCAAUUGAAAGAAUAUUAUUGUCGAGGUCUGAAUCUGUGCUCAUAGCGGUAGGAGCAGGGGGCGAGGCACUUCUUCUUUCGGGCUGUGGAGGGGCUUCUUCUGGCUAAUUUUUCAGCUCGUGGCUCGACUCGCUCGUGUGUCUACGAAGAAGUUAUUUAUCCACUUGAGUCAUUAUUCUUGUAAAUAUAUUGGUACUUGCCAUUGCAGCAAUCUCAUACUAUGAAAGGCAAAAAUUAUGAUGGGAGAAAGUGUUAAGUCUCAUUACGGCGAGGUGAUGAUCUUGGUGAACCAGCAUUCAGUUUAUUGUCGAUUAUCGCAGGUGUUUCU